UGAUUUAUGAAGUUGGCGUUUUUAGUCACCCUCGCUUUUUGUUUUAUAACUCUAACAGUUGUCAUUUUAAAAAACUUGUUAAGAGAUAUUUUUGUAAACGAUUUCAUGGCGAAUCUUAUAAAAAAAAAUUUAAGUCGACCGCAUAUUAUCCGACGAAGAUAUACCGAAAAUAAAAAAGUGCGUUUAUUUCUGUUACACCCGUUAUUAUUUGACCACGCAUUAUGCACAAAUGUUUGCUCUUUCAGCCUAUAUAUUUUAAUAUAUAUUACAGGCCUUCGUUAUCAAUUAAUUUAGCAAAUACAAUAACCGGGACCAGAUUGGUCCUGCCAGUAUGGUUUACUUUAGUUUACCACUAAAGUUAAUGGAAUGGUAUACAAAUCUUUUACUGGGACCAGAAAUAUCUUUUGGUCCCGGCACCCAUCUCUAAUUAAGUCUGUUGGAAGAUAUUAUUCAUCAUUGAGGAAUUAACGUGUUUACUUUGCAUUAGUACCAGGGUAGUUAAAAUGCAAUCUUAUACUAUUUGAUGAAACAUGAUUAAACGGACGGAUUUUCAUUCUAAUCGUAUGCACGGGAUUCUGUAUCAAUUUGUUCCAUCAAAUUUCAUAUGACGUGUAAAACGUUAAAGAAGUAUGGUAUUUGAUACAAUAAUCUUUUAUGGUUUAGUCACGCAAAUAUGACAAUCAGUCAAUAGUAGAGAUGGCAUGUAUUCAUUUUUAAAUAAAAUGAAAUACAUAUCAAAUGUAGAAAAAUAAUACUUUUCUCGAUUUUAAAACAUAGUUUUAUCUUUCGCUACAUUUGAAUUAUUUUCCACAUACAAGAAGGAGAAAAAAAAGUCUUAUAUUCUGCGAAAAAGUAAAGCAUUCAGCCAGAAAGUUUUCUGCAUUACUUUAAAAUAGAACUUUAUAACAAAAACAAUAUGUCGCAACAACAAUGGGUAUGUAUAUAAUUUGUAACUGUAUUUUCCCAAACGCCAAACUGUUAGUAUCUUGAAACAGAUGAUUUCUUCCUUAUCUGGCUCCUUUUCGGCAGUAGCUUGACUCUCUUUGUAUAAAAUUGAUUACAUAUGCUAUAAAAUCUCCAAGAAUUGCGCUAAAAUAUCUAGUUCAUGCAGGCAGGAUAGAUAACGCGGAUAACAAAUGGGCUGGCUUAUCCACAUAAAAGUUGACUUUUAUGUAACGUCUGAAACGUAAAAUUCAUAGCUCUUCAGCCGAGCAACGUAUAGUGUUAGGAAACAUCUUAUUCUGUAGCUGAGCACUUUCGUACAAGAGGGCCUUAUUGGUACGAAUUAUAGACAGGUGUUUAGGGUAUGACUAGACUUUGCGUAAUUACCAUUUGAAAGAAAGCUACAAAAUAAAUUGUUCCUCAAUUCUGUACGUUACUCGUCUGAAGAGGUAUGAAUUUCACAAAAUGUUACGAACUUACGUUUUUUGGCUGGUACGCUUGGACAGGCCGAACUUUUCUUCAUUAGAACUAGUACCCCGAUCCUCACAUAGACUUGAGAUAGACAAAUUUUUCAACCUUUGUUUUGGUUUAGAUUACUAUUCCAAGUCAUUUGAUUGGUUCAAUUCCUCGUCCGGAUGGUUUAAUUCAAGCCAAUGUUGGGUAUGAAAAUGAUGUUGUAUCAUUGGAAAAAUUACAACAGAUGCAAUUAAAAGCAAUUGAAGCAACAAUUCGAGAAUUAGAUGUAACUCAAUCUGAAGUGCUUACCGAUGGCGAACAAACAAAACCAUCAUUUUUAACUUAUCCAAUUUACGAUUUGGUCAAUGAUUGUUAUACAUUUGAUGAUAAAUGUUUUCAGCUUACGUUUAGUGAUGGUCAUAAGCGUACUUUACCACGUCUUAUCAAAGCACCAUUUCACUUUGCUACCUAUGCUUAUAGAUAUCUCAAUGUAGCAAAACAAUUUACCUCAAAACCAAUAAAACAAGCUGUUAUUACCGCAUCGGCUCUAUCCAUGGUCUAUUCACCAAUUCUGUUGUCAAUGGGAGCAAUUGAAAAUUAUACAAGAGAACAAUUUUUAGUAGAUUUAUAUAAUGAAUGUGAAAAAGAUAUUCGAAUGUGUUUGGUUCAAAUGGAUUUCACUGAAGCUCGUUUAUCGUUGAAAAUCGAUCCCACAGGUCAAUUAUUAAAAGAAUUUAUUUUAAUUAAUAAUAAGGUAUUAGAUCGAUUUACUCGAGAAGAACAAAAAAAAAUUGGUGUACAUGUUUGUCCGGGUGGUGAUUGCGAUUCGUAUCAUUCAUAUGAAAUUGAUUAUACUCUCAUGUUGCCUGAUCUGUUUCAAUUGCAUUUAACAAAUUUUUAUUUACAAUUAUCAUCGGAAAAAGAUCAUAUUAGAAUUUUAAAAUGUAUUCAACAACAUAUGAAACCAGAGCAUCAAAUUUAUGUAGGUGUCGUCGAUCCUAUUAAUCCUCUAAUUGAGAGUGUUCAAACAGUAUGUGAUCGUGUCCUGGAAGCAGCUCAGUAUAUUCCAUUAAUUCAAUUGGGUACUACAGAUGAUUGUGGUUAUUCACCAUUUGCUGAUGAUCGAUCAACAUCGAGAGAAAUAUGCUACGACAAAAUAAAAGCAAGAAUUCAAGGUACAAAAUUAGCCGAAAAAAUAUUAAAUGAACAAAGAUAA